AUGAUGGAAGCCAUUCAGGACAUGUAUGAAAAGUAUCAAAACUGCAAAAAGCAAGUGCAAUACGUGGAUGACAAAUACGGGAAAUCACCUUUUAUGGACAUCAGCGAUUGGAUGCGACGAUAUUCGAUGGCCGAAAGCCCGAAAGAGAUCGAAGAGGUCGAGAACCAAAUGCCCAAAGAAGAGCUUUUGGUCAAGAGACGCGUCUCACUGCAGUAA